AUGAUGCUCAACUCAGACACCAUGGAGCUGGACCUGCCUCCCACCCACUCUGAGCCCGAGUCAGGCUUCAGUGACUACGGGGGCGGGGCGGGCCCUGACGGGGCUGGGCCCAGGGGGCCAGGAGGGGGCCAGGCCCGGGGCCUGGAGCCCGGGGAGCCUGGCAGGAAAGACCUGCAGCACUUGAGCCGGGAGGAACGGCGGCGCAGGCGCAGGGCCACAGCCAAGUACCGCACAGCCCACGCCACGCGGGAGAGGAUCCGCGUGGAGGCCUUCAACCUGGCCUUCGCUGAGCUGCGCAAGCUGCUGCCCACGCUGCCCCCGGACAAGAAGCUCUCCAAGAUCGAGAUCCUGCGUCUGGCCAUCUGCUACAUUUCCUACCUGAACCACGUGCUGGAUGUCUGA